AUGUACAACCUUCUCUUUCAAGAGAUGGAGGAUAUUCCGUUCUCACUUCCCUCGCGGGCUGUUGUUGUUCCGCUGUGCGAGUCUUCAGCUGAGGUGGACGCGGAUGCUCGUGCUUCUGGCACAGUCGAGCUACGUGUUGCUGGGCUUCUCUUGGGGUUGACCUUAGCUCCAUGUACUUUUACAAAACUGCUCAAACCAGUUCUUUGUCACCUUCGGAAACUUGGUAUAGUGGUAGUUUGCUAUUUAGAUGACUGCAUCUUCUUUUCCACUUCUCCAGCUGAGCUUCGACUUCAGGUUGGCUAUGCUAUGCAUCUGUUUGACACUCUAGGACUGACAAUUAAUGUAAACAAAUCUGUUCUUAUUCCUUCUCAGGAUGUGGAGUUCCUUGGCUUCAUCCUUAACUCUACUAAUAUGACUGUUGCCUUGCCUCUACACAGGAAGGAAUGCAUUAGGAGACAAGGUUUGGCAUUGUUGUGCCAUGAGGUAGUUACCUUACAUGAUCUCGCUUCUUUUAUUGGGAUGACAGUGGCUGCUGAUCCGGCAGUGGAGUUGGCCCCAUUAAGGUACAAAUAUUUAGAGAUCAUUAGGAAUCGUGAACUGACUAGGAAUCAUGGUGAUUAUUCUGCUACAAUUAAUUUAGAUUCACAUGCUAGGGACCUUAUACAUUGGUGGGUCCACAACAUCGAUUGCCAAACGAAGUCUCUACGUCCUUCCUCCCCACAGUUGGAGCUGUACGCGGAUGCUUCCUUGACUGGUUGGGGUGCUAGUAUGGGUACUGUCAAGACAGGUGGUCAUUGGGCUCAGGAGGAACUGGACCACAUUAAUGUCUUAGAAUUAAAAGCCAUAUUAAUGGGUCUGUCGUCUAUCUGUAAGAAUCACCGGGACACUCAUGUCCAGCUUAGGUCUGACAACAUCGCCACAGUUGUUGGAUUAGGUCGGGUUGGUAGUACUAAGCCCAGCCUUAAUGCAGUCAUAGAGGAAAUUUUUGCUUGGGCAGAGUCUAGAGGAAUCACUUUAUCUGCUGAACAUGUGAAAGGGUUACAUAAUGCGGAGGCUGAUUUUGAAUCACGUGUUUGGAACUUAGGUGCAGAAUGGAUGCUUCACCCUGAGAUUUUCAAAUUAGUUUGUGGUAAAUUCUUUACACCUGACAUUGACCUUUUUGCCACUCACAUUAAUGCCCAGUUACCAGUGUAUGUCUCUUGGCGGCCAGACCCGACUUCAACUUAUGUUAAUGCCUUUACCAUUUCUUGGUCCACUGGAAACCUUUAUGCUUUUCCUCCUUUCAGCAUCAUUUGCAGGGUUCUAGAGAAGAUCCAGGUGGAGGGGGCGACAGUUCUUGCCAUUCUGCCCCUAUGGCCAACCCAAGUUUGGUUUCCGAGGGCCCUGCAACUGUUGGCAGUCCCUCCUUUCUUGCUGCCUCCCAACCCCAUUUUUCUACCACAGGACCCUUCUCUUUCUCAUCCCCAGGGUCGGAGACACCUCUUCCGCAACCUGGAUGUUCCGGUUCACCUGCGUAUGGAUGGCAGCCCGCAGUUUGCUUCCUUCCUUGAGCUUUAG